AUGUCGCAGAUGUCGGUACGGACGGAGAUGGCGAUGGCGAUGGGGAGGGCGGAGAUGGUAGCGACGGCGGAGGGUUGGACAGAUGAUGAGGAAGACGAUGGACGAGUGACGAGGAAGGCGAUGGUAACAACGACGAAGGGUGGGGACGUGGCCGGUGAGGAUGAGCAGAAGGAGGCGGACGACGUUGGUGGUGACACCCUACCACCAGAAUAUCGCGAGGUCGACGAGGCUGUCGGUGAGAUAAUAGAGGAGAUACCGCUGAAUGGUUGUGGGCAGAUGUGCAACGAUGCCCGACAAAAGAAGCCGUCGGAGUUGGGGAGAGGUUGCCGUUUGCCGGUGUCGAGUGGUGUGCACCGGUCUCUUGUUGCUAUUGGACGAGUCGAGAAAUUGAAAAAGGAAAUCCAGGUUUUUGGAGGCAAAAACCCUUCUGCUUUGCCGUCAAUCUUCGCCGCCCAAUCGCAGACGACCUCCGGCAUCCAGCGCCGCCAUGGCGGAGAACUGACCCUCGGUAUUUGUUCUUCACCAUUUUUUAGCUCAACACUGAGCAUCAACAGCUCGUUUGGUGCUUGGUCGAGACCUUGUUUGUUAAGGUUGAAAGAGUUUGCAGAUUUUCAUGGCUUGUUAUCAUAUAUCUCACCAAAAAGUUCAAGCCUGUUGGAGGACAUUGUAUUCAAGCUGGAAACCAAAUGGUUUAGUCACUUGAUUUCUGGAGUUUGUGGUGUCGUGCGCCCUUUCUCUUCUACUGCUAUCAGUACAUCUGCUCAAAGUGCACAAGCAAUUGACGAGAGCACGAUAUCGAAUUCUGCUACAAGUGAUGAUGUGCAGACAACCAUUACUCCGUCAAAUGGCAGAGUAAUGCUUAUAGAUGGCACUUCAAUCAUAUAUAGAGCAUAUUACAAACUUCUUGCAAAAUUGCACCAUGGUCAUCUUUCACAUGCUGAUGGAAAUGGAGAUUGGGUCCUCACUAUUUUCAGUGCAUUGUCUCUGAUAAUUGAUGUCUUGGAAUUUCUCCCUUCACAUGUAGCGGUGGUUUUUGACCAUGAUGGGGUACCAUAUGGUCAUGCUUCUCUUUCAACCAAACAAAGUUUUGUAGCGAAAGGCCUGAAUUUCCGCCACACCCUAUAUCCCGCUUAUAAGAGCAACCGGCCUCCAACCCCCGAUACAAUCGUGCAGGGCCUUCAGUACUUGAAAGCAUCCAUUAAGGCUAUGUCCAUCAAAGUAAUUGAGGUCCCAGGUGUUGAAGCUGAUGAUGUAAUUGGGACCCUGGCCGUGAGAAGUGUCAAUGAUGGAUUCAAGGUACGAGUUGUCUCCCCAGACAAAGACUUCUUCCAAAUUCUAUCUCCUUCGUUGCGUUUAUUGCGGAUUGCUCCUCGUGGAUUUGACAAACCAGUUGAUUCAGCAGUUUCCUUAGGUCUUAUUAAGCAGAUUGAUAGGACUUGUGAUAAUAUUUUGAGAUGGAAUAAAGGCUGUAAUGACAGUAUCAUGGUGGAGGAAAAGAUGACCUCUUUCGGGAUGGAAGAUUUUGCUAUGAAAUAUGGAGACUUGGCGCCAUCUCAAUUUGUUGAUGUAAUCUCACUUGUUGGAGACAAAUCUGACAAUAUACCAGGAGUUGACAAGAUAGGGGAUGUGCAUGCUGUUGAACUGAUUACAAAAUUUGGGACGUUGGAAAAUCUGUUGGAUUGUGUUGAGCAAGUUGAUGAGGAGCGAAUUAAAAAGGCACUGAUUUCAAACUCCGAGCAGGCAAUUCUAAGCAAAAAUCUUGCUAUGCUGCGUUCUGAUCUUCCCUUCUAUAUGGUUCCAUUUACCACCAAUGACCUGGGUUUUGUCAAACCAGAGGACAAUGGUGAGAAAUUCACGAGCCUUUUGACUGCCAUCAGUGCUUAUGCUGAAGGAUUUUCAGCAGAUCGUAUAAUUAGAAGGGCCUUCUAUUUGUGGAAGAAGCUCGAAAGAAAAUGACUUGCAAUAAUACAGACCUAAGUACUAUGCUCUUACCUCGGAUGAAGAAAAUUCUGAAACUCAAAAGUUUUAGCAACUCCAGUCGAACUCUGACUGCUCUUGGUGCUUUUUGCAAAAGGGUCAUUUUGACAAAUUAUCAUGAGGGUGCUCACUGAAGGAGAAAUUUGAAGUCCAAUAUCUCGGAUUAUACGUGUGGCUUCAGAACUUAGAUUUUUUUUUUUUUUUUUUU